GACCAAUGGCAGAGCUGACAUUCGUGUUUGAAUGAAACGCGGUUGAUGGUAGCUCACCGCUGGGUUUGUUUACCGUCCGUCACUUUUGCAACGUCGGUUAAAAUUAGCUGGUGCAAGUCAGAAGUUGUAGAAGUUGAUUCCCAGCUGCAGGAGUAAUGUCCUCCAGGAAGUCAAGUUCCAGUGGGGAAGGCUUGCCUUCAAGCAGAUGUCGGGAGCGUACCCCUCUGAGAAGUAUGCAGAAUGAAAUGCUGCAGCUGUCAACUCCAUCUAGGUUCAAAUCAAAAUCACUGCUCAAUGCGGAAGUUGUGAAAACGACAAAAGGUGAUAUUCCUCUCUGGGACCCAGAGACCAACUUGCAAUCUCCUUCAUGCAACAAAGUGAUACAAACCAAUGAUUCCAGUAUUGAUAUGACAACUAAUAAGACAGCUUGUUCACUUGGAGAUGUAACAUUUAAAUCCUUUAUCUGUCCUGGCGGGGAGGUUGAGAUCACAGGCUCUUCAUUGUGUGCAGAAGAGAGUAUUAUUUUGCCCAAGGAUCAGGCUAUGAAAAACACUUCUCAAACAGAAGAUACGGUCAUCUCUGACAGUAUAAUAGUGCAGUCAUGCAGUGACCACAUGGAACACCCAUAUUGCAACCCUGAGAUGAAAGAUGCUUCCUUGGUUGACAUAGACGCAGCAUGUCUCUAUGUCAAAUCUGAAUUUUCUAACAUUACAAGGGCCUCUGGACACUUGGAUGAUAAACUUGACACACAAGAUUUUCGGAAUGACUGUUGUGGAACAAAAGACAUCACUUGGAGAUCCUUUGCCUGUGAUGGUGGUGAAGUGGACGUUUCUGAUGUCACCAGACUACAAGAUAAGACCAUUCCUCUGCCCAAGGCACAGCUUGGAGAACCUUUAGCAGACAAUAGUGUCAGUUUAACAAACCUGUCUGACUGUGGUCAACUAUGUCAAGCGGAAUAUGCAGACCAUCCCUACUGUAGCAGUGAAAAUGAUGUUUGUGUCUUCACCACAAGUGGUUCUGAGAAGUCUGCUAAUGGAGUGAGUGAUGUAACCUUCAAAUCAUUAAACUGCACUGGUGGUGAGAUUGAACUCCUAGAUGGCACCAAACUUGCUGAUGACAUGGUUCCUGUACCAGCUGACCAAACUGUGACCUACAGUGAGUCAGUCAAUUAUGGGAUAGACCUAAGCGUGUUAGCUAGUGACCAAGAUGUGCAAAACGGUGCUGAUCAUGUAGAUCACCCAUACUGUAACGCUGAAAAUUAUCAAUCAAGUGGCAACCUCCCUAUAACCCAGGAACCAUUACAUUUCAGCCUUGAUGCAGUGGAUGAGGUUAAACAGAUUAGCUUGGUGGUACCUGAAAACCAGACUGGUAGACAAGAGGCAACAUUCAGCUCUUUUAUCAGUGACGACCAGGAUGUAAUUUGCCAGCCCCUGAAUGACAACAGUGGACCUACUUCUGUAACACAGGAUCACAUUCGAGAUGACUGUGAACAACCCAACAGUCACGUGGAAAACGAAGUUGUGGUAGCUACUGACCCACCAGCCAUAGUUGCAUCUUAUCUGACUAACGUCUCUUUAAAGGCAGUGGAUAAUAAAUCUGUUUAUUGUAUACAAGAAACAUCAAAAAAUCCCGAAGACAGUGUUUUGCCAUCAGUGGUUCACAGAACUACGUCUUCUGACUGCAGCCAUCUUGCGACCUUGGCGGAGACAUCUACAACUGUGGAAGUGCAUCUGGAACAUGUCUCUUACAGUGGACCCCAAGAAUCCAGUGAGGCAAAAGACAGCGCUUUUGGUUCAUCUGAAAAUGAACCUGUUUGUAACUCUGCAGGAGAACCCCAUGCAGAAGACCUCCCUGAUGUUUUGAAAAUGCUGUCAGAGUGUCCCUCAGCAGCAUCAGCGUUGCAGUUUGGAAUCCUCAGUCCUAUUGUUAGAAGAGCCUCUAUGGUUUUAUUAAAUGCUCAUAAGGAUCAUGCGGUGGACCAAUUUUUGGCUGACUAUUCUGCUACUGAGGGUGAAAAGACCGUGGUGGCUCCUAUAAACAUCGACCCCACUGGGUUUUGGGUGGAGCACUUGGAGAGCCCCAUGCCACGUCCUUUGUUUAACUCGACGGCACUUUGCAGGCCCCAGCCAGGCCCACUCAAUGGGCCAGAUGUGGAUGUGAAGCCUUGUGCAGUGCCUCAGUCUAAUGUGGAGAAGCCGGUUCUGGAUAUCCCUUUCAUUCCAGAUGGUCCCCUUCAGCAGCAGCUUCGGCAGAUGGCUGAGUUCCUCUUCUUGGCAUCAGGAAAGAUUGCGCCUGCUGCAGUCUCCGCUCCCGUUCUUCCUCCUGCUGCCGUCAUGGUCCAGUCGGCAAGAACUACACCUUCAGAAUCCCACAGUAUCUGUGUGGGCACCACUCCUAUGAAAGUGGUGGACCACAGUGUCAAUACAUCUGGCCAGUUUGAGAGAAAGAGAGAUUUCUCUCUCGUUGAUUCUAGCACUCUGACCGACCCUCUCCUGUGGAAUGUACCUCCAGGCAGCCUGGCAUGUCUACCCAGACAAGAGCUGGAGCAGAGGCUAAUAUCUAGUAUGAUCAUGGUGGAGGCUCUGGUGCAGCAGUUGUCUGUAGCCAGGACACAUGGAUGUCCUUCUGCAGGCCCUGCACCUUCAGAUAUCAGGGAGAAACUAGUGCAGACAGACCACACUGAACUCAGUCAGACCACAAUGCACAGAGACUUAUAUUUGGAGGCUCUGCGCAGGAUUGGUGAGUUGGAGCUGGACGGAAGUUCUCUACAGAACCUCAUCCAAUGUAUGCAGGACAUGAGGGUCAUCAUGUCGUCUUUGAGCUCUGACACGGCCACUGCUCUCUCUAACAUGAAGCAAAUAGGAGACAUCGUCAAAGAGGAUCAUCAAAGCCUCAUUUCAAAUUAUGGUCUGAUGAAAUCUCUGUUUGAGAGAACAAAAGAGACACAGACAGUAAUGAUGCGGAAGGUCAAAGAUGCUUUUCACCAAAGAGAUGACAUGAAGGUACAGAUGGAGGAGGCCUUCACAGCCAAGGAGGUGGCCUUCAGUGCGAUGGAACAGCUGCGGACACACUGUGCCACAGAAAUCUCAGAGCUGGAACGGAUUGUGGGGUCUCAGAAAGAACUGUUAGCUGCCCUAGAUCAGACUUACCCAGAACAGGUUGCAUUGAACCAGGCCUACAAUGAAAUGAUAAAUUCUGCUUCUGAUCUUUUGUCUACAACCAUGGAGGAACAAUCGAGUUUGAUGAAAGAACUCUGCACAGUUAGAGGCCUUCUGCAGAAAACUGCUCCCAUUCUCCUGAAGCUGAAUGAGAAGGCAGCUGCUGCUUUGAAAGAGAGGGAUGAGCAUAUCUGUGCAAGAGACCAAGCUGUUGAAGAGAGAGAGCAGAUUGAAGAAGAAUGGAACCAGACUAAUACGAAUCUCCAAACUGCCAGAGAACAGAUUGGUGAUUUAAACCUGCAGGUGACAAUUCUGACCUCAGAGAUGGGUGUGCUGCGUCAGAAGCUAACAGAAAGAGAGGAAGAGAAAGGUCAGCUGGAGAGGAAGGUGACAGAACUGUCUGCCACUGUUUCCUCUACUUUGGCCUCCUACACCUUCCUGGAGCAGGCCCUUGCUGCCGAGAGUGCAAAGUUGCAGCAGUCAUGGAAGGACAUCCAGCUAGCCAAGGAGAGAGCAAAUGAGUUGGAGACGUCACUGGGUCAGUCGGAGCAGCGUGAGUGUGAGCUCAGUCAGGCUUUGGCUAAAAGUGAGGAGCAGCUCAGUCAGCUGCGGGCCAUCUCACAAUCCCAGAACGUGCAGAUCCAACAGCUCCAGGACGUUUGCACGCAACUCAGUGGUGUCCGGGAAAUGAACGAGUUCUUACAGAUGGAGAAUGAGUUGGCAAGGGAGCAGAUGGCUGAAAGUGAGCGUCUGCUGAGGGCCAACCUGCAAGGGCUCCGGGAGAGGAACAUCCAGUGUGAGGACCUAAAAGGAGAACUUAAUCAACUUCAGUUGGAGAACAGGAGUUUACAGGAGGAACUGGAAACCACAAGGUCCAGAGCCAGUGCGACCCAGCUGGAGCUCAGAGAUAAACUGGGACAGGCAGUCAGUGAAAUUACUUUGCUGCAUCAUACACUGCGAGGACUGACCAAUACACUACAUGCAUCGCUCACUGACCAGAAAUCAGAACCACCGAAGGAUAAAGAUGUGGAGCUUCAUCACUCCUCCAGCUCCUUUGUCGACAGCGUCAUGGUUGCAUUAACUGCUGAGAAGGAGGAAGACCUCAAAACAGAGACACCUCCUGGACCAGUCCCCUCAGACAUGCCUGAGCCGCAGUGUGAAACUUUGUUCAGUGAGACAAGUGCCUUCACACGCAUUGCAGCCGUCACCCCUAAAAAGAAUUUGAACGCAGUACAGUUUGAGCCCGAGGAGGAAGAGCAGAGCAGCAUGACAGAGCUGUUUGCUGACCUGGGCAGCACCGUCACAGAGCUCAUCAGCACCCUGAAGCUGGUGCAACAGCGUAAAGACGCUCAGCUGGAGGAGCUACACAACACUAUCUGUGGCCUGCAGGGGGAGCAGCAGGCCGCAAAUAGCAGGCAUGAGGCUGAGGUGUUUGAGCUUAAGCAUCAAGUUAGCUGUCUGAACAGCCUGGUUGAGAGGGGCAAUCAUGCACUGCAGCAGAAGGCUCAGGAUGAGAAAACUUUGACAAAGUUGAUGUCAGACAUACAGGAGACCCAGGAAAAUCUAAAUAAACAUAAGACUGAGAGUAACGAACUGCGGAAGGAGGUUGUAGAGCUUAAUCGUUUGUUCCAGCAGUCGAAGGUGGAGACUCAGUUCCUGAGGGGGGAGUUGAGAAAAGCUGGUGGCCAGUCAGCUAACCCGGCACAUUUCAUGGAAGAGAAGAUCCAGUUAUUGAAAGAGGUGGAGAGACUGAAGUUGAGUCUUCAGGAUGUGGAGCAAGCCAGAGUUAAACUCCUUGAUAGAGCAAAAAGACAUCAAAUCAUCCACCAGACCAACCAGCAGAAAAGUGAGAAUGAGCUUCAGAUGUUAAACAACAUGAUCAAUAAGAUCAGAGAGACUCUGCUGUCUUUGCCCGACGUUGUGAAGAAUUGUGAUCAACUCCAACAGCUUGUUGAAUACAUUGGCUGACAUGUUUGUCAUUAUCAGCUGUGUUUGUUGUAUUUGUAUGUUAUGUUUUAGCUUGUCCUAGCUUAUAAGUGUUCAUAUUUUUUGAAAUAAAUAUUUUUAAAUCUUA